CUGUCUGCUGAGAGCCAGCUGCCUGAAGCGGCUGUCUUCUCACUCCUGUAUCCCAGGACCCCUCCCACUGCCUCUGUGCCCCAGGCUCCCGGGCAUCAUGUCUCUGGCACACACAGCUGCAGAGUACAUGCUCUCGGAUGCCCUGCUGCCCGACCGCAGGGGCCCACGUCUCAAAGGACUGCGCCUGGAACUUCCCCUGGACCGCAUGGUCAAGUUCGUAGCCGUGGGCUUCCCCUUGUUACUGAUGUCGCUGGCAUUUGCCCAGGAGUUCUCCUCCGGGUCUCCCAUCAGCUGCUUCUGUCCCAGCAACUUCAGCAUCCGGCAGGCUGCCUACGUGGACAGUUCCUGCUGGGACUCGCUGGUUCACCAUGAGCAGGAGGAGUCUGGCCAGUACAAGACCAAAUCCCUCUGGCCUCACAAGGCCCUCCCCUACUCCCUGCUGGCCCUGGCCGUGGCCAUGUACCUGCCCGUCCUGCUAUGGCAGUAUGCAGCUGUGCCUGCCCUCAGCUCGGACCUGCUGGUCAUCAUUAGCGAACUGGACAAGUCCUACAAUCGCUCCAUCCGCCUGGUGCAGCACAUGCUGAAGAUCCAGCAGAAGAGCUCGGACCCCCAUGUGCUCUGGGAUGAGCUGGAGAAGGCUCGGAAAGAACGAUACUUUGAAUUCCCCUUGCUAGAGCGGUACCUGGCCUGUAAGCAGCGCUCACAUUCACUAGUGGCUGCCUACCUCCUGAGGAACUCUCUCUUGCUCCUCUUCACCUCAGCCACCUACCUGUACCUUGGCCACUUCCACCUGGAUGUCUUCUUCCAAGAGGAAUUCAGCUGUUCCAUCAAGACAGGGCUGCUAAGCGAUGAGACCCACAUCCCUGACCUGAUCACAUGCAGGCUGACCUCCUUGUCUGUCUUCCAGAUUGUGAGUCUCUCCAGCAUAGCAGUGUACACCCUGUUGGUUCCAGUGAUAAUAUACAACCUCACACGGCUCUGUCGGUGGGACAAGCGGCUCCUGUCCAUCUAUGAGAUGCUCCCCGCUUUUGAUCUCCUCAGCAGAAAGAUGCUAGGAUGUCCCAUCAAUGACCUCAAUGUGAUCCUUCUUUUCCUCCGAGCCAACAUCUCUGAGCUCAUCUCUUUUAGCUGGUUGAGUGUCUUAAGUGCACUGAAGGACACAGACACCCAGAAGCACAACAUUGACACAGUGGUUGAUUUCAUGACUUUAUUGGCUGGCUUAGAACCCUCCAGACCUAAACAGCUCACCCACGGGAUAUGUGAUGAAAACCCAUAGUUAAGAAACCAUGAAGCAAAAAGUUUUAUGGAAAGUAAAAAUCUCUCCCCUUUUCCACAAGCCUCACACACUAAUAUACAGAAACACCCACUUUAGGAUUGCUAAGCUUGGAUUUAGCUGAAUCGUACAUCCUGUAUUAUGUUAUCCCAAAGGUGAGAUGACAUAAUCAAUAUAUGGAAACAAAUCUGAAAGUUGGGGCUGAUGUGUCAAAAAACUAAAAAACUAGGUCUAGAGCAUAAAAUGAAGACAGGGGAAAAAAACUAAAACUAAAGUUAAAGCCUAGACAUUGCACAGACGAAGAAGUUUCUACAGGCUCUUUACAGAGGCAGGGUCUUCUCACUGUAUUUACUCUGUGGCCUUCCUAGGAUACACAGGUUACCCCAGAGAGCAAGCUGGGUAAUGUGGUAAGAGAAUAAAGGUAUAAAAUCCCUGAUAACCCUUUGGUGUGGCCUCAAAUCCUAGGAAUUUUCCCAGCUUGUUUUGUGGAAGUCACCAACCUUGCGCAGGGACUCUGUGGCCUGCCAAGUGGGCCAGGAGCUACUGAUGGCAAGAGCUUGUAAUCUGCUCUUGGGGCCUAAGGACAGCGUAGAACAAGGCCAGGGCUGUUUGUCAGCUGUGAGUGGAGCCUUGAGGUGUUCAGAUAUGCUUUUUCAUCAUCUAAACCAGGGACUCACUUCCCCAAGGGCUGGGAUUAUGGGCUGCAGACUCCUUCACAAUUCUUAAUGGGUCCAGAGGUGCUUUUUUUAAAAAAAAAAAAUACAUUGAGGGAGGGGGGGUU